AUGGGUCGCUUAAACCUCACGGCAUUCAACGUCCGUCGAACAGCCCUUGCGAAGUUCAAGUCGAAACAAAUACCAGCCCUUCCAAAUUGGGUGGACAUAAUACAAGAUGUCCCUCCCGCGCAAAUCCUCGUCCGCCAGCAACCCAUGAAACAUGCUUUGACCAAAGUGCGCACACGAACCCUGCCCAGCGGGAAGACAGAGCAAUACGCACAAAUCUCAGAACCCAAAAGAUCCAGAUCGGCCAAGGCCCGCCACGUCUUCCAACCGAAGCAAUUACGGUAUGAGGAAGACUCAUUACGCAAAACUUUCUUCAGCGACCACCCUUGGGAGCUCGCACGCCCACGUGUGGUAGUCGAGACUUCAGGAGAUCAACACAAAAACGCAGACUGGUCCACAGGGCUCGUGCAGCCCGGCAUCCCACUCUCAGGGGAAUGCGUGGUCCGGCGACAGCUGUGGUUGCUAGAAAACGUACCCGACAUCACCGUUCCCCAAGCCUACGACAUCGCACGCAAAGAAUUCUACAGCCUACGAAGAAGAGAAGAAUUGAGAGACAGGGUUGCGGCUGAAGAAGCCAGACACAUGGGCGCCAAGUUUGGCAAGUCGCAGAUGGAGAUUUCCAUGGGUAUUGAGAACGCGAUGUACAACGACUGGGAGAAGUGGAGUCGGCAGGUUGUGUUUGAGCAAACAAGCAGGGUUGCCGCUUUUGAGGGCACGGUUGCAAAGGAAGAGGAGGAUGUGCUAAAGGACAAUGUGCUGGCCGAGGAUUCCUCGCGGCAAAGACAAGGCAAUGGACGGCCUGCGAUUGGAAGCGCUGUGUUCGCUCAGCAGGCGCAGUUAGACUCGAGGAUUCAGAGACGGGCUGGUCCGUGA